UCGGCCACAACGCAAGCAGCCGUCCUCAGGUGAAGAACAGGUCUGUCGAAAAGACAGCGUCUGAAUGGGCACCACCAGGCUGCGUGACUUUACCAAAAGAACCAAGAAGAUGAAUCCCUGCAGUCACGAAAGCUUUAAAUCGAAAUUCAAGAAGAGCAUGUUUUGCUUGCACGUUCACCAUCAUACAAUUACGUGUGGUUAAUGCAGACAUGAUUCCUCGCAGAGGGGUAAAAAAAAACCCUCUUAUUUCCCCAUACUUUAUUACCGGUCAAUCACGAAAUAAAGGUCUCAAUUAAGUUUCGAAUUGCCUUUCCUUAGCCAUGGCCCACCGUUGUUGAAGGGCAUUGGUGGGAGGGGCGAGCGAUGUGGGCGUGGCUUGUAAUGCACGGGGGGAGGAGCCAACUCGCCUUGCCCCUCCCCCUUUGCCUUGACACACGGUGACACCCACACACGCGUGUCCCGUGUGUCCCCUUCUGCCCAGUGGUGGUUGUUGUUGUUGUUGGUGGUGGUGGUGUUGUUGACGGUGCUGUCAUGUCGUGUCCCGUGGCGAAUCGGCGUUCACCAGCGCAGGCCAGCGAGCUGCAAUGCGAGCGUUGAAGAAUAAAACAAACCACAACGAAGGGGCCAAGGCAAGCAAGCAAAAGCUUCGUCGUCUUCUUCUUCUUCCCAUCGUCAUCAUCAGUCACCAUCCCUUUCCUUCGUCUCGCUCUCUUGACGAGCCGACGUGACGAGAAGAUGCUGUCUCUUCUGAGAAUUACAGUGGCAAGGCCACUCAACGGGCUGAGGAUCUAUGGACAGCCGACUGUCGCGUGCCUUCCCAGCAACAGCAGCAGCAGCCACAGGGACCAUGAAGCCCCAAGCCGCUGCUUUUCUGGUGGUCCCCUGCUGGGGCCAGACCCAAGCCCAAGCCCCAGCACCUCCGCGGACGGUUCCUCUCUGCCGCGUCUGCCGGUGCCGCCUCUCAAGCAGACCCUGGAGCGCUACCUGCGUGUGCUGGAGCCGCUGGUGACGCCCGAGGAGCUGGAGUACACGCGCAAGUUGGUGGCCGAGCUGGCGCGGCCCGGGGGCCUUGGGGAGGUGCUGCAGUCCCGCCUGGAACGCAAGGGUCGCAAGACCGAGAACUGGCUGUUGGACUGGUGGGUUAACACGGCGUAUCUGGAGUGCCGCACGCCUCUCGCCGUUUACUCCAGCCCUGGGGUUGUCAUGCCCCGGCAGAAUUUCCGCGACACCCAAGGACAGCUCAAGUUUGCAGCCAAGCUUAUUUCUGGGGUACUGGACUUUAAGCAUAUGCUGGACACGAAUAGUCUGCCGCACGGCUACUUCCACGGCAAGCCGCUGUGCAUGAACCAGUACUACCAGAUCUUCUCCUCCUGCCGUAUCCCUGGCCCCCGGCGCGACACGAUCGUCAACUACUCUCGGCAGAACAAUCCGCCUACCCACAUCACGGUCGCCCACAACUACACCUUCUUCAAGCUGGAGGUUUACCACCCGAACGGAGAUAUUCUCACAACUGGCGAGAUCUACCAGCAGCUGGAGAAGAUCUGGAACUCCUCCAUCAAGACCACCAAGGAGCCGAUUGGCAUCUUGACAGCCGAACAACGGCACCGCUGGGGACUGGGCCUCAACAUCUUGCUCAAGGACAAGCUGAACAAGGAGUCCUCGCGGGUCAUCCAGAAGGGCAUCUUCGCCGUCUGCCUGGACGGGCCCAUGCGGUGCGAGUCCAACGAUUUGACCAUGAGCCAGAUGGCCGCUCAAAUCCUGCACGGCGGCGGCAGCAAGGCCAACACGGGCAACCGCUGGUUUGACAAGACACUGCAGUUCAUCAUCGGCGAGGACGGCACGUGUGGCCUGGUGUACGAGAGAGCGCUCGCUGAAGGAGUGCCGAUCAUGCGGAUAGCCGACCACGCGAUGGCUUACUGCAACAAGAAGGAGUUUAUCAAGUGCAUGACUAAAGAGCAUCUCCCCAUACCCACCAAACUUUACUUCAACAUCAACGAAGAGGUGAAGCGCAUGAUCGAGUCUGCCAAGUUCCACCAUGACAUCCAAGUCGGAGACCUCGACAUCCAGUGCUUUGUCUACACAAAGUUUGGCAACGCAUUUCCCAAGUUCCACCGUCUCAGCCCUGAUGGCUAUAUCCAGAUGGCCAUACAGCUUGCCUACUUCAGGCUGCACAAGGAGCUGAGCGUGGCUACAGAGAGCGCCACCACGCGCAUGUUCCACCUGGGGCGCACCGAAGAGAUCCGCUGCACCUCCAUGGAGUCGCUGCGCUUUGUGGAGACUUUCGAUGACGCCAACGUGUCGAAUGAAGAAAAGAUGCAGACGAUGAAAGUGGCUGUGGAGGCGCACAAGGAGUACACGCAGUGGGCCGUCAAUGGGCAGGCCAUCGACAGGCACUUGCUUGGCCUGAAGUUGCAGGCGAUUGAGGAUCAGUACAACAUCCCGGAGCUGUUUAUGGACACGUCCUAUGCCAUUGCCAGUCACCUCAAGCUAUCCACCAGCCAGGUCCCUGGCAGCAUGGACGCGGUGAUGUGCUAUGGUCCCGUGGUGCCCGACGGCUACGGCGUGUGCUACAACCCGCAAAACGACCGCCUCAACUUCUCCGUCACGGCGCUCAACAGCUGCUCGCAGACGCACGCCAACCUGAUGGCCGCCGAGAUCGAGAAGGCUCUCACGGACAUGCACGAGCUGCUAAGCUCGCGCUCCGGGGACUCGCCCUGGGAGCAGGCCCAGUGGUGAAGGCACGCGGAGGGCACAGCGGGGCACAGCGGGGCACAGCGGGGCACAGCGGGGCACAGUGGGGCACGGCGGAGCAGCAGGCCUUCGAAAGUAAACUAACUAACUAAACUAUUUUUAGUUUAACAUGUAGGCUUACUGGGUAAGGCCCACUGAGCUAUAUAGCUCUUUUUCAGAAGGGGCCUGUGGCCACAGAUAAUAGCCCAACAAAGUGGCUUAUCACGUGGAAAUGUAUAGCAGCCAAAUACCCUUAACGCAUGUUGAUACUAAACUGGGGAGGGAAAAACCAGAGGGCCCGGAGAAAAAUCCACAUGACCACGGGGAGAACAUGUAAAUUCCAAAUAUACAGGCGUCCAGGUUGGGAUAAAACCCACAACUUCCUGUAUACCAGGUGAGAUAGUUAACAUCUCGUCACUGUGACGCCCAUAAACCAAAGGUAAAAAUGGCACGCGAGGUGGCUGGGUGGCUCAGAGUGGCGACGUGUCAGCGCGCCUAACUGCUGCUGCUGGGAAUCCAGUUUCCACUGUGGGUUUCACCCACAUGUGAUUAAAACGAGUAUCUCAAGUAGGGUUGCCACCUGUCCAAUCCCAGGAUGUAGCCAUCCUGGGACAUCGGUUAAGUGUCUCUGAGACAUUCAACUUUAAAAGUCUCGGUUUUGCCAAUUGUGCGAUAAAACACCACUCUAACAACGUAUUUAUACGUGGUUAUCCAUGUAUUCUGGUAUCGUGAAAUAUUAUUUUUUUCAUGAUAUCGCCUGGUUUUAAAUUUUGUGGCAAACCCUACUUGCAAACCAGGGCUCUCCAAUUUUAUACAAUAUCCGUACAAUUGAGGCAAUUGCAUUUAAAUCCGAUCAUGGCAUUUGGCAAUCCUCACUAAUGUAUUAAAUUAUAAUAUAUUAUUAUUAGAAAUGUCAGCCCUACCGGGUAGUUGGUUUUAAAAUAUCAAUCGUAAUUAAUCUAAGGCAGGAUGUCGAUGCUACUCAACCCGUGUGCCAACCUUUGUCCUUUAGUGUUAUCUUCGCUGGGGAGCAGGAGUGCAGCGGUUAGCGCACUGCGCCACAGACCUGCGAAACCCGGGUUCGACUCCUGCUCACGGCCAACACCAGUGACGUCUAUUUGAAUCGGUGCUGGGCCUCCCCUAGGUCGACUUAGCCUCAAAUAAUUACCUGGUGCGAUGUGUAAACCUCGCCACUGGGGAGGCAAAAGCAGCCGGGCGUGGUGCUGGCCACCCACCCCCUUGUGUGCUGUGCCGGCCCUCAUAGGUGCUCGCUAACAGAACUUGCCCCGACAGUCUGUUAAGGCUACAUGGGGGACCUUUGUCUGCGCUGAAACUGUGAGAGUAAAAUUAAUAAACAUAAGGAAUCGUUCCCCGAAGACAUGGUGCUACAAAGUUUGGGCCUUGCUAAAUUUUGAAUUGGCAAACCAAACGCCCUGCGGAUUGAGUUAUAACUAAAAAAGUUUGGAAAACAUGACACCCAAGUGCAGUGAAUGGUUAUGUUUUUAUGAAUUUAAAUUGACAAAUUGAGAGAAAUGCAGGUGUUUUCAGGGGCCUUAAUGUGACAUUAAAUGCAAAUGAGGCUUAUUUUGGCUAUAAGGUGGACAUUUCAAACCAUCUCACUGAUCCCUCGCACGUAAUAUUCCCACUGAGGACUGUGACGCAUUCUUUGGGAAUGAACGUCAGAUUAGGCUCCUCUGUGUGCACUGCUGUUUAGUGAUCCUUCAGAGCUGAAUCGCAUAGCACAAGAUGUCCACAUAGCAGAUACUGUGGUAUAGCUCGCACCAUGAAUGGGAAUAUGCUACCAACGCCCAGGAGAUGUCUAGUUCGACUUAAAUAUCAUGUCACGCCAGACCAAGCGCAAGUGACUCCUUGCGUAGAUGGUAGCUGGGGUAGCAGAAGUCAGUGGUGGCACGAGGCAUUAGCAAACCAAGCAAAUGCUUAUGAGCCCAAGUAGCUCAGGGGGCCCCAGGUUCUUGAACAGUAUAGGGCUGCAUCAACUAUCAGCUCAAAUUCAGAUGCGAAUUAACAAGCUAUUUAACGUACAAAAAGCCAAUUCAUAUUUCAUCUUUAUCUUGUCCGAAUCUUAUCACUGCAUCUACAUUUGUCUACAUAUCUCUUAUCUCACAACAUAUCCACGAACUCUCUCCCUGAAGCUCUUUCGUGGCGAGAAGAUGUUAACCUUGGUAUUUAGGUCUUCAACAUGUUGCCAUAUGCAAGAGUAGGAUUUAUCAAGUAUAAAUAUUUGUUCUGUCAUCUCGCUGGGACAUGACACGUUGAAACUGAGCCCCCCCCUCCAAAAAGUGUACUUCUAUUUAGGCCCCCCAAUGGGUUAGCACCACCACCACUGGCAUUAGUUGUCCAUUGGCAGCACUGAGCGAAUAGUUGGAAAGCUAUUGAAUUCCAACAAAGUGGUACUAAUUUUAUUGACCUUGUUAGAGAUGAUGGGUUGAGCCAAACACCCAACCUGGAAUUUAACUCGACUACCUUCUGAUUGUGAGUCAAGGGCUCUUACAGCAGUGCCACCAUCAUCGUGAAACAAUCAAUGUGCACAAACAUCCUGUCAUCUCUUGCUGUGGUCAUUUUAUUUUAACUCAGGAAUGUUUUGUUGUUAAGUAGAUGUUUAUUUUAAAUAGUUUUAACGCUGCAUUAGUGUGUUCACUGCAAAAGUUCCGUUUUAACUUUUCACGUGGCAUUUUGUUCAAUGUGUAUUUCAUUUAAUAUUUGCUCAGUUUGCAUCUACCAUAAUACCUUUAUUUAACUUUAAAAUGUGUUGUUUGUCGUUAUGGAGUAUUUAAAAGUUAUAUUGUACCGCAUAUAUAAUGUAUUUAUGCAAAUGCUUGUUUUUGCAUUUCCUUCAAUCUGUUGGGCAUUUUAAAACUUGUAGUUGCACUGUCAGCACCAGACUUGUGUGUGUUUCGCUUCAUCUAUGACAGCCACUUAUUAAGAUAUAUUUUAAGAUAUAUUUUACGACUGCAUAGGUUGUGCACUCCGAUGUAGGUUCGGGUCGCACCGCAUAUUGUUCAGGAUGAUGUCCGACGUUUCACGAGACGUGCUGAGGAGCUUCUUCAGCACAUGGAGCAAAAUGUCAGACAUCAUACCGAAUAGAACGCAAUACAAGCUGAAACACAUCGGAGAAUCGGACACAUUUUACAUUGCAAUGUGGCAUGUCUUUUGUGUGCAAAAAAGGAAAAUGUUUAACUUUCAACUAAUCCAACAGGGUGCCAGUGUAAUUUAUGUAAAAGCUUCAUUGUCAUCACCAUCAUCUUAAUCGCAAAGGUUUAUAUCCUCGGUUUGGCACGUUUCGCUUGAAUGGCUUUGACGUGAAUGUGAAGCAAUCUGCACCAACAACCUCUGUAAUACGUGAAGUGAAGUGUGAGUGAUUUGUUCCAAAUCUAUCUGCUGCUCCUCCACCAGGUAGUGUAUUUGCUCCCACGCAAAACCAGCAGCCUCCGUGUACUGUGUGCACCUCUGCAUGCUUGUAGUUCUCAACUGCAGCCACAUUUAACUAAUGAAACGUCAACAACAAAGGGGGCAUCAGCGCUCGUAACAACAGCUGGCAUAUUAGUCCAUGAGCCCAGAGCAAAUACAUUACUCGUUGGUACCCACCGAUUAUGGGGUGGCUUUCGUGGUUCUAAUUUCUUGGUGCGGCCAAUAACAGCGAAUUGUGAUAUCCAUUUGAAAUGAGUGGGUUGCCGGGUAGUUGGCUCGUAAUAUCCACGUGAAUAAAUUGGCACGGUAAAAUUUUAGUUCCCUUUGUGGCGGUACCAAUGUCAGCUCAUGCCCAUGGACUAUAUUUCAGAAUUGAACUCUAGUGGUAGUGUGUGUGAUUAGAUUGUGUUCGUGGUAGGUGAUAUUGUUGAGAGAUAAAAACAUUUAGACAAGGUGGCACCUAAAUGUUGACACUUUAGAUUGUCUUGCUUUAUGGCAGGAACUAAAUAUUAUAUUGACAGUUGAGCACUUAUGGAUUAUGUAAGGCCUUUUGAUUAAAAUGUGGAGUACUUUUGAUGAAUGUUCACUUUACAUUUAAUAUAAUAUAUUUAAUAUAAUGCACAUGGCCAGAGUGGCAUAAAUAAGACAUUUCAGGGCUGCAUCUCCAUCUAUAUACUCACACAUAUUACAUGGAUAGUUGACAUAGUUUCCAUGGAUCAGAGAAGUAAUAUGCAAUGGAUGUGUACAGGAGUGUGUUUUUGAUAUGACGAAAGCCAUUUGAGUUGGACAAAAUUAUUGAAGACAUCUUAAGAACCCUAUUUCAUUUCUUGGUAUGAAAAAAAUAUAGAUACUUAAAUUAAAUGAAAAGCUAAAGCAUAUAAAUGUAUUUUAAGAGUUAAGUAUUAAUAUGUAUGUGUUGCAAACGUAAACCAAAUAUGUCUAAUAUAUUGUAACAUGGCUGAAUUAUAUGUGUACGUGUGUAUUUAUGGUGUUUGCACUGUUCAUGAAUGGGGUUUAAUCAAUGCAGCAGAAAUAUAGAAUGAGGAAAAUGGCCCUGCAGUUUGAUUUAAAGAUUAAAUCAUCAUCCUGAAGCCCGGAUGGCAUUUCCUGGCAACGUAACAAGGCCUAUUCUUUGUUACCCUUUUAAAAUGUCCCAUUACAAACCUAUUAUCAUCAGUCACUAUUGGCCACUGCGAAUUACCAUUUGCCGAUUGCCUCCUUAAUUUAACAUUGCCGCAAGUGAAGUUUUACUCUUGCCGAGCCAUUUCAGAGCUCAUUCUGUCAAGAGAAGUGACAGAUUUAGUCUGACAUGCCUCAGUGUGCACACGCGAGAAGCAAGGCUUCUCAAAUUAAUUGCCUAAAAUUAAAAUCAUGCCAAAAAUGAUUUUGUUUGAAGACCGGAUAAUGUUUAGAUUUAACGUUUGCGUGAACAGGUUGAUAACUGUGAUCCCAAUGAUUUAAUGACGUUAUGCUCUUACGGUGAAAUAAAUGUUUUAAUGUGUUUCAUCUA